AUGGACUUCGACCGGCCUGUUCCACGGAGAUCGCAGAGACGCACACAAGGACUACUAUCCGAAGGCCUGCAAGGAUCGUUGCGCAGAGGAGCUACCGUGAAUGAGGAGCGAGCACAUGGCUGCGACAUACUGGCAGAAGGCCGUAUUAUGCGAGAGAACGAGAGUAACGAGCGCAAGGCAACGAGAGCAGCCAGGUUGGCAGCCAUACCACCACUUCCAACAACGCCAGAACACCUCAGAGAGACGAUCGAUGAAGAUGACCUCUGCCCCAUCUGUCAACAACUACUGCAUCAGCCUGUCAAGACGACCUGCAACCACACGGUAAGUGAGUGGAGUAGAAGCCAUCGGUCGAUCCAGAUAUGCCAGCUGCAGCCCAUACUCAGCAGUGUCUGCGGAGGAUUCCUCCGACCCCCGUGGCGUUCAAGCAUGGCUAACAUCCUUCUGUUGGACAGAUGUGCAAAUCAUGCAUGCAUGGCACACUGGACAGACGUCUCCGUGACAUCACAGAUGAGCAUCGUCGAUGUCGACGAGGAGCCAGUAGCGUUCGACGCAGUAGCAGGCCUGGAAGCAAAAUGCCCAAUGUGUCGACAGCAGACAUCAGCAGCCCUCGACGCCGCCCGAGGCAACCAUCUUGACACAGCGUACCCACGCACAGCAAGGAGAAGACGCGUAGAAGAGGAAAACGACACCCUCAGUGAAGGCCGCGAAGGAGGGAUCCAGACAAUGACCGUCUACAUCGGCAACAGGCACCACCAGAUCGAAGCCUCCGACGCCAACCAGCACGACUGGACCUUCUUCGUCAGACCCAGCCGCCCAGAAAUGAUCGAAGAAGUCCACAUCGAUCUCCACCCUACCUUCAACCCGCCUCGCAUCAUCCGCGGUCGUCCCCCGUACGACAUCCGCCGCCUAGGUUGGGGCACAUUCACCAUCACCGCGAACGUGAUGCUCAAGGCCGGAUACAGCUGGCUAUCUGGCGACGCGAUCGACUCUCCAGACGGCGCCAAGAAGGGCACGUUGCCGCUGGAGUGGACUCUGGACUUUUCGGGCUUUGGUGGCAAGGGCAGUAUGGAUGGCAGCACAAAUGACUGA